GUACCGAUCGGGUUUCCGGUACGGAACGGGUAGUGACAGUCAUAACAAGGAGUUAUUUUAGUCCCCCCGAUCAGUUUUCAUGGUGCGAACACCAAAUGAUUUUUUCUAACGCAACAGGACGAAAAUCUAACUUCUGCCAUAUGCAUCAUGUGCAUAGUGGAAAUGGAGAAUUUGGAAAACAAAAAGGGGGCUGAAGAAAAAAGACCAACCACAGCCAAGGAUGUUUCUUCAAGAGGACCAAGCUGCAUGGAAGCGCUUACAACUCAGAGCAAAGCGCAAGAUGAUUAUAAGAAUGGGAGACAACUGAAAAGCUUGUUGGAGGAUGUGGACUUGGAGCCGUACUACACAAAGAAGCUAUCACUUGACCAAGUCCGUGAGAUUAUUAAGAAGACCAUUACUGCUGGAUGCAAAUGUAAAGCUGAUGUUCCAUGGCAUGUUCUUGACAAACUGAUGAUUUUUAAUGCUACGGCGAGGAAUACUGAUGAUGAUGGGAGCAAAGACUUAAUUAUUAGUUUUCCACUUGAAGUUCCAAAGUGUGAUGAUAAAUCAGCAAGUACAGACUUAGAUUUUGAAGAUCUGUUUGACAGUUCAAACACAGAUGACAUGCUAAACCCUCUUGACAUAAUCACUGCUCUCUUUCUGUGUUCUGAUGGUUUUGUACAGCAGGAAAUGGCACGAAAAAUGUCCAUGUGUCAGUUCUCUGUUCCUCUGCUGCUUCCAAAUUGUGACACCAAUCAGUGCACACUCAUGCUGUGGGCCAUGAGAGACAUUGUUAAAAAGUACAGACCUCAGUCUCUGUCAGAAUCCAAGGGCUUCAUUGAAGACAGAAUCGUUCUCUCUGAACUUCCAAUGAUCUCUUUUGUCAGACUGGGUGAGUGCUCCUUGUCCAAGUCAGAGAUUCUCAAUAAGCUUCUGAGCAAUUCUCCGCAGUACCAUGACACCUUUGUUCAUCGCAACAUGGAGUGUGGCAACAGUCCAAGAAGAAUAUCCAACGGCCUGAUUGAAAUUACUUGGUAUCUUCCUGGUGGAAACAGAAACAUUGAUAUUUUCAGUCAGCCAGUGGCUGUAGCUAACCUUCGUGGGGAUAUUGCUUCAUUUGAAGCACAAUACUCCUUUCUUUGUCAGACAUCUGCAGCGGUUUUUGUGUUCUUUGACCAUUUGGACGCUGAGUGCAGUCUACUUAGCAACCAAAACCACAAGGCCCAAAUCUUUUUGGUUGGUAACUGCGAUAGAAAAAGCAACGAAGAUGCUCUAAAAAAAGUAGCUACUGAAUUGGGUUUGACUAACAACAACAUCAUUAUUAAGACAAAACAGAAAAACGAUGCGGACUUUAUAAAGAUUGUGAGAAAGAAAGUCAGAAAAGUAAUUAGGAGAUCAGAUAUGAAGGUGACAAUAGAGCAGAUGGCAGACGUUGCCCAUGGACUGGGAAUCCUGGUUGAUGAAGACUCUCCAGAGUGCCAGAUUGCAAAGACAAACGCAGAGGCCAUCACUGCAGAAAUUCAAGACAUCCUUAAAUACAAAGACGCUCAGCUUCCAUGUCAAGACCAAAUAUGGAAAGAACUGACCCGCUUAAAACUGGAAGAAUUUCAACUUCAAAAUGUUCAAAGUCAACUUCAGUUACAGAAAAAAGAACUGCAGAAAAAGCAGAACUCUUAUGACAUGUCGACAGCUAUGACAUGUUUCAUCAAUGCAAUAUCAAGCCCAGGAACAGAGAGGUUUUAUUUCCUGAAAUGGAUGCGAAUGAACCUUGAUAACCUGUCUCGCAUAAAACUGUCUGAACUUCAGGAGAAAUAUCAAGAAAAAUGCAAGAACUCUGAGAACAAAGAGGAGAUCAAAGAAAUUGACAGACAAAUUUCCAACAGCUCACUGGGGAUUGAACACUUCUUCCGUGAAAUGGGUCAGAUCUAUGAAGCUUCACUGUCCCUUCCACAAACAGAUCCAGCACGUCAACAGCUGCAGCAUCUGCCCAAACUGUGUGCAGAGUUGUUGCUUGAUGGAUUUCCUCUUGAGCUUGUAGAUGGAGAUGCAUCCAACAUCCCUCUCAGAUGGGUGAGUGAUGUUCUCUCUCAGCUCAGUGACUUGGUGUCUCCAAACAGAAAGAUACGUGUAGUCACAGUUCUUGGAGUUCAGGGCACAGGAAAGUCCACUCUCCUUAACACCAUGUUUGGAGUGCAGUUUGCAGUCAGCAGUGGUCGAUGUACUCGAGGUGCCUUUAUGUCACUCAUCAAAAUCAAUGAAGACAUCAAAAAUGUUCUAAACUGUGACUUCAUGCUGAUCAUUGACACUGAGGGCUUAAAGUCACCAGAACUUGCACAACUGGACAACAGCUAUGAGCACGACAAUGAGCUUGCUACACUUGUUGUGGGACUGAGUGACAUCACCAUUGUCAAUGUUGCAAUGGAGAAUUCAACUGAAAUGAAGGACAUCCUACAAAUAGUUGUGCAUGCUUUUCUCAGGAUGAAGGAGGUGGGCAAAAAGCCGAAAUGUGUGUUCGUUCACCAGAAUGUGUCCGAUGUUUCAGCCCAUGAGAAGAACUCACGAGACAGGAAACUGCUCCUGGAACAGUUGAAUGAGAUGACCCAGGCAGCAGCCAAAAUGGAAAAGAAAGAGGAGAACAAGAGCUUCACUGAUGUGAUGGAGUACAGUCCAGACACUGGGAACUGGUACAUUCCUGGACUCUGGAAUGGAAACCCACCAAUGGCACCAGUCAGUAUAGGGUACAGUGAGGCUGUAUAUGAGCUCAAGAAACAUAUCAUCCAACUGCUGAGAAACUGUGAGUCAUCUGCUAAUGAUAUUUUGGAGUAUAAAGAGUGGGUAAAGAGCCUGUGGACUGCAGUAAAGCAUGAAAACUUCAUCUUUAGCUUCAAAAACAGCCUCAUAGCUGAUUCGUACACAAAGCUCUUCACAGAAAUCAACAAAUGGAAGUGGGAAUUCAAAAGAGAAACAAGAAUUUCCAAUUUUGGUAGAGGUGAAAUAAAAUCUGAAACAUCUGAUCUGAAUGAAUUUCCCAGAUCUUUCAAAAGUGAAGCCUCCACAGAUCAGAAAAACAAAAAACACAAGGCCAAUAAUAUCUUCAUCAGUGUAUCCCGCUUCCUGAGAACACUUCUGCCACACAGAGUGAGCCAUGCAUGUAAAUCACUAAGUCAAAAAAAGUCUGUAAAAAUGUUAUUCCAUCACUGAUCCAAGUUACCUAUUCUGUCUCUGACGAGACUACCAUACUAGAUAAGUUGGCGCUGGCUCUGUGCUCUGUGGUCUGAGAUCAGUGACAGUAUGUGCUUUGUGUGGAAACACAGUUAGCAUUACCAAAUAAAUGAGCACUCUCAUUUAUCAUCUUAACAGAUGAGAUUAUCCUUCAUAACCACCUCGGCUAACAUGUGUGAUAUACAAAACAUUGGUAAUGAAAGCUGUGACGAUGGGAAAUGUCUGAUUGAUUUAAAUUGGCAAGCUGGACAGGUGCAGGCUCCACCAACACGUUCAGAUUAACAUCUCUAAAAAAUCACUUGCUUGAUCAAAUGUACAAGUCACCACCUUAUUUUUGAUUAAUAUUUAAUCCUGCUGUAGACAUAGUUAACUGUGUCACUAAGCUUUUUUUAUUUUCUAAAUAAAUAUCAUUAAUGAUAAUAUCCUGUCCUUGAUUAGUGCAAGAAAAUGGAAGGAGUUGACUUUUUAAGUUGACUUGUAAUUCUGAGCUGUUAUAUGUGAGUUCUAGCUGUUGUGGUCUUUUUUUUGUAUACUUUAUUAAUCCCCUGUAGGGAAAUUACUCUCUGCAUUUAACCCAUUCACCCAGUGAAGCAGUGAAGCAGUGGGCAGCCAAUCCAGCAUCCGGGGAGCAUAUAAUUCUGAUGGGUAACAUUGUUCUGCAGAAUAAGUACUUUGGAUUACUUUUGAUAAUUUUUGUACAAUGUCCAAAUAUUAGUUUUUUAUGAGUGAGCUUUUCAGAAUGUUUUAUUAUAUGAAAAUGAUUUAGAGGUGAGAAACAUUCAGUAACAGUGCAGCAAGAAGCUUUCAAUUUUAAUCCUGUCCAAUUUGUCUUUUUAAAGAGUGGAAGGGUAUUUGUUUUGAUUUUUGUUGUUGUUUUUUAUUUUUAUUUUUUUUGAACUGAUAUUUUACCUUAUUACAAUGUGAUUCUUU